UGAGCAUUGAGCUUAGUACUCUAUUCGAGUUCCCUCAACAAUGGCUUCUCCCUUAACUACUCACUCUCUCACACACCUCUUCUUCUACCUCGCAACUUACCUUCUUCUCACGUCCGUGGCAUUUGGUCACGAGUUCCGCGUCGGUGGCCCUCGCGGUUGGACCGAACCCAUCGGCGACGAGUUCGAGUCCUACAACCACUGGGCCACGAGGAACCGGUUUCACAUCGGAGAUUACUUGUAUUUCAAGUACGAGAAUGAUUCGGUGCUCGUGGUGACCCACGACGAGUACAAGGAGUGCAACACGACGAAUCCGAUCGCGAAAUUCACCGAUGGCGACACCAAGUUCCGGUUCGACCGCUACGGGUUCUUCUACUUCAUCAGCGGCGAGCCGAGCCACUGCUGGGCCGGGCAAAGGUUGAUUGUUCGAGUGAUGGUGCAUCCGGAGACCGUGAGCCCCGGGCCUGCGCCUUUUCUAGCCCCUCCUCCUAGUCGUGGCCAUGAUACAGGUCCAAGCUCGGGUUCAAAUCCAGGUUCAGGUUCAGGUUCGGGUUCGAGUUCGAGCCCGUCGGGUCAACCAGGAUACAGUGGGGCAGUUAAGUUCAAUGGUGGUUAUUGGCUCAUGACAGGCCUUGUGGGGGGCUUAUCCAUGUUGUUGUUUGCUAGCUAGUUAGCUGUUUUAUUUGGUCGUUAGGUGUGUUCAGGAAUAUUAGACAUAGGGUAUUAAUGUAUGGUCUAUUUAAUUUGUUGCUAAAUUUUUAAUUUUGAUUUGAAUGUAUUGUUGGUAGUGAGACUUGUUGCUUUUUUAGUGUGAAGGAGUAUGCUGAUCA